UGGAGUGAGCUCUCCCGCUGGGAACAACCGGCUGCAAUCAUGGAGGUCGCGGGUGCCCGAAGAACACCAAAUCGGCUCAGCCUGGACGACAUGCCCUGCGAAAUCCUCAUAAAUAUAUGUUCCUACCUGGACUACCAAGACCUGAUACGGUGCAGCCGCCUCAGUCGUCGGCUUCGGGAUGUGUGUGCCCACGACCCCCAUUGGCGCGGUCUGUGCUGGAAGUACUGGCUGGAGACAGAGUUACCAGAAGGUGCCACAUGGCGAUCACACUUCCAGGAGCUGUACCACGACCUGAGGCGGUACGUGCACUGCUACGCGGCUAUGAAGACCGCCUGGCAGAAGAUCAAGACUUUCAUGCAGAAGCACUGCCCAGUCAUCGCCCAGUCCAUCAAGGGUAACGCUGGAACAACGGAGGAGCAGUUGGACGCGGCUGAACGCAAACUGGGCGUUCGCUUUCCGGAUGACCUGCGAUGCUGCUAUCGGAUCCACAAUGGGCAGCGGCUAGCCUCGCCAGGUUUGAUGGGCAGCAUGAGCAUUCCGACACACUACCGGUCAGAAUCCCUGUUGGACCUGGAGACGGCCAUUGCCGGUUUCCAGAGCAGGGAUGGCCUACAGGGCUGCAUGCCGCUCACGUUCUGCCUACACUCGGGCCUGACCCAGUUCAUAGCACUCCACGACACAGAUGGCCACGCACCUGGAUGCGUCUUCUACCCCUCGCAAGACCUCACCCAGGGUGUCAGGGGGCACCCUCUCGAUGCCUUCAUCACCGCCCGGUCCUUCCAAGAGUGGUUCACAGGUUACGCCGACAUGCUGGAAAACGAAGAGUUUGUGGUGCUCGACAAUCAACCCUACAGGUUCUACCACGUGCCGGGCUGUGAACUGACGACAGACAACAUCACCGUCUCAGUGUCAACAUGCUUCAUGCCCGAGCUGAGCAGUGUGAAUCCCCCUCACUUCUUCCACACGUACCGGAUCACGAUGUCUAUGUCUGAAGACGCGUCUGACCGAGAGAGCUGUCAGCUAGAAACCCGCCAUUGGAUCAUCACCGACGAGAAUGGGCUGGAGGAGCGCGUUGAUGGUCGAGGUGUUGUGGGCGAGUACCCUGUGAUGAGUCCCGGCGCAUACUUCUCGUGGGUGAGCUGCACCAGCCUGAGCACCACCUUCGGCAACAUGAAGGGCCACUUUGUCAUGCGCAACUUGCACACCGGCGACAUGACUGAGGUGCACUGUCCUGUAUUCAACAUGAAGUGUCUACCGUACGUCACGUCGGCCGAGCGAGAAGCCAUCAAACGUCAACGGGAUGCCGUCAAGAAGGCACAGUGAUGACCUCCGCCUGGAGCUAAUCCAACUCAGCGUCUUGUGCUUGUUCCAUCUGUCGUUAUGGUGGUUAAGUGUCGGCGCGACAAAUGCCCUCGGCCGUUCUGCUGCACCGGCAUCUCAAAGCGCAACAUGACCGUCACACAUCAAGUUGAUUCGGUCUCAA